AUGCUCUCUUACACUUUGACAGCUUCACUAACUCAAAGUUUCGUUCACGUUCUCGUUCUUCCCGGAGAAGUUUCGUUCGGUCGCCGGCACCUUCAUCAAAAACUCGCCUUGUCCUUCUUCCCCUGCUACAGGGGUAAAAUGGAGAUAACUGAGUGUCUCCAAAAUGAAAUUGAAGAACCCAAAGAUAUUUUUCUGGGUCAAAUUGUAAGUAGCAAAGAUCAAGCUUAUGACUUGUAUCAAGAGCAUGCCUUCAAAAUGGGUUUUAGUGUAAGAAAAGGGAGGGAGUUAUACCAUGAUAAUGAGAAAAAGAAAACGCGGUUAAAGGAGUUUUAUUGUUCCAAACAAGGGUUCAAGAACAAUGAACCUGACGGUGAAGUGGCUUAUAAAAGACCAGAUUCGAGAACAAAUUGUUUAGCUAUGGUGAGAUUUAAUGUGACUAAGGAAGGGGUGUGGAAAGUUACCAAGUUGAUUUUGGAUCACAAUCAUGAGUUUGUUCCGCUUGGGCAAAGAUAUUUGUUACGUUCUAUGAGAAAUUUGUCGAAUCUUAGAGAAGAUCGCGUAAAGUCCUUGGUGAAUGAUGCCAUUAAAGUUACAAGUAUUGGGAGUUAUUUAGGUGAAGAAGUUGGUGGAUUUAAGAAACACGGUGUCAUGUUGAAAGAUAUGCGGAGUUAUGUUUGCAUUGAAAAGUUGAAAUGUAGUGACGCCAAAGAUGCUCAAUCUGUGUUGAAUCACUUACAAAUUAAACAAGCACAAGAUUCUUUGUUCUAUUACAGUGUACAGCUCGACCAAGAGUCACGUUUGACCAAUGUCUUUUGGAGAGAUGGUAAAUCUAAAGUUGAUUAUAGUUGCUUUGGGGAUGUUGUGGUUUUCGACACUACUUGUCUGAAGUUUCUUUUGCUUGGUUAUUCAAGGCGUUUUUGGAGAGUAUGGAAAACCAACAACCAAAAACAAUAUUUACACCUCAUGAUCCAGCCACGGCUAAAGCGAUUGGAGAGUAAAUGCAUGGAAGGUUGCGACUCUGAAGAAGAAUUUCAAAGAACUUGGGAUGAGAUGAUGAAUGUGUAUAAGCUUCAGGAUCAUCAAUGGUUGAGCAAUAUGUAUGAAAUUCGCCAUAAAUGGAGCAUUGCUUACAGCAAGUGUGUAUUCUCUGCUGGUAUCAAGUCUUGCCAAAGGAUUGAGAGUACGAAUAGUGUGUUAGGUGAGAUUGUAGGGAAAACAACAACUCUCGCACAAUUUUUAGUGGCAUUUGAGAAGAUGUUGAAAAAGUGGCGCCACUUAGAGGUUGAGGAGGAAUUCAAAAAUAACCAAAGUACACCUCCUCUUGUAAUAAACAUCAGUGAAACAUUACGGCAUGCAUCUACGGUAUAUACUCAUAAAACCUUUAAUCUUUUUCUGAAUGAGUACCUGGAAGGGACAGGUGGAAGCACUUCUAUAGAGAUUGGUCACUCCGAUAGUGUGUCAUAUCAUGAAGUCAUGUUGAACCAUAUGCCUGAUAAAAAAUAUGCGGUGACAUUUGACUCUUCCAACAUGAAGAUUAGUUGUAGUUGCCACAAGUUUGAUUCCAUGGGCAUUCUUUGUAGUCAUGCUUUGCGGAUUUAUAACAUUAAAGGUAUUUUAAGAAUACCUUACCAAUACUUCUUACAAAGAUGGUCAAAAAAUGCAAGAUCGGUAAUUUAUGAGCACAUAAAUAGGGGCAUGGGAGAAGAUUCUACCUCCAAUUCAGUGAUUAAUGUUGAUGAUGCUGGUAUUCGAUAUCGCAAUGCUAUUUUGAAGUCAUUCUACUCUCUAGUUUUGGAAAGUCAAGACAAUAAAGAAGCUCAAAAACUUAUGUGGAAAUUACUUGAUAUUGGAGUUGAGAGAGUGCAAAAGUGUGUUGGCAAGGUCAAUUUAAAUUCCAAUGAAGAAGCGAUGGAGAAAAAUUUCAACGAAAUCGAGGAAAUAUGCUGCACACCGAUGGUCUGA